ACUUCCGGUGCUGUGAGGGAUCCGGGCUGAAGCGGGGUAAUUCUUCUCCUGAAAUUACUUUUGGAUGGAAGUAUGCUCUUACCCCAUUAGAAGAUGGUAACCUUGGAGAAUGACCAUGGAGAAGGGGAUGAGUUCAGGGGAAGGGCUGCCUUCCAGAUCAUCUCAGGUUUCAGCUGUUAAAGUAACAGCCGAAGAGUUGGAAACAAAGCAGUCCCAUAAAGAGAAACGAGUGGGCUUUGUGCUGGUGCAUGCAGGUGCAGGUUAUCAUUCUGAAUCCAAAGCCAAGGAAUAUAAGCAUGUAUGCAAAAGAGCUUGUCAAAAGGCAAUUGAAAAGCUACAGGCUGGUGCUCUUGCAACAGAUGCAGUAACUGCAGCUCUGGUGGAACUUGAGGAUUCUCCUUUUACAAAUGCAGGAAUGGGAUCUAAUCUCAAUCUUUUGGGUGAGAUUGAGUGUGAUGCCAGCAUAAUGGAUGGAAAAUCCUUAAAUUUUGGAGCAGUCGGAGCACUGAGUGGAAUCAAGAACCCAGUCUCAGUUGCAAACAGACUUUUGUGUGAAGGGCAGAAGGGCAAGCUCUCGGCUGGCAGAAUUCCUCCCUGCUUUUUAGUUGGAGAAGGAGCCUACAGAUGGGCAGUAGAUCAUGGAAUACCCCCUUGCCCUCCUAACAUCAUGACUACAAGAUUCAGUUUAGCUGCAUUUAAAAGAAACAAGAGGAAACUAGAGCUGGCAGAAAGGGUGGAAACAGAUUUCAUUCAACUAAAGAAAAGAAGACAAUCAAGUGAAAAGGAAAAUGACUCAGGCACUUUGGACACAGUGGGUGCGGUGGUUGUGGAUCAAGAAGGUAACGUUGCUGCUGCUGUCUCCAGUGGAGGCUUGGCCUUGAAACAUCCAGGGAGAGUGGGGCAGGCUGCUCUUUAUGGAUGUGGCUGCUGGGCUGAAAAUACUGGAGCUCAUAAUCCCUACUCCACAGCUGAUGUGGAGAGCAUCUUGUUCGCACCAUACUGGCUAGAGAAUGUUCACAUGCUUUGCAAGCUGAGGAUGCUCACCAAGCACUGUUGGAGACUAUGCAAAACAAGUUUAUCAUUAGUUGAAUCCGCAGAUAUGGAACCCGCAGAUACAGAGGGCUGACUGUAUGUGAAAGUACGUUUGUAAAUAAAAUUAGUCUUUAAAUAAAAUUAUAACUGUUAACAGUGGGUCUUGAGUUUUUGUUUGAAAUCCUUUCUGGCAGUGAUUGAGGUAAGCUAGCAACUACUUUCUUGGUUUUGUGGAAAGAUACCAGGCUCUUUUUCCUUUCUUGCUUCCUUUUAAAAACAAUUUGAAUAAAUAAUAUAUCUAAGCUUCUCAUUGCAAUGUAUAUAUAUAAAAAAAUUUCUGUAGUAAUCAGGUCAAAGAUCUCCUUUUCAUUCAAUCUAAGUCCCAUUUCUUUUGCCAGAAAGAACUACUCCUUACCGUUUGGGGUAUGUCCUUAUAGUCUCAUUCUGUGUGUGUCUUUCUGUCUGUCUGUCUCUAUCAUAUGUCUAUCUAUCUAUCUAUCUAUCAUCUAUCUAUCUUUUAAACAAUUAUAUGGGAGAAAUUUCUAAUAUAUUAUUCUGCAAAAUGCUUUUCAGUCAACAUAUCUUGGUACUCUUAUUGUAUCAUAUAUAGAUUUAUCACUGGAUAUUCCAUGGUUCCAUAAUUUAUUUCUUUAUCCUCCUCCUGAGAGAGAUUUAAGUUGUCUGUAAUUUUUGUCUAUAUCAUUUUACCAUCUGUGAAUGUCUAUUUCUCUAUACACUUUUAAAUAAUGGUUAUUAUCAAAUUUUCUAAAAAUAUCCAAAAUCAUGGAUGAAAAAAAAAGUUUCUAGUUUUAACUUGUCUUUUCCAGACUACGGGUGAGAUUGAACAACUUUUCACAUAUGGCUUGGCCUUUUGUAUUUUUCUGUGAAUAAUCUGCUUAUAGCUUUUGCCCAUGUUUCUAUUAUACUGUUUGAGUUAUUUUCUUUUAAUUGACAUUUAACUUUUAUUAAUGGUAAAAUUACCUAGGUUAUUGCUAUGCCUUUUUGGAACAGCAAAGAUUCUAAGAAGGCAUAGCAAUAACUGUCUGUAUAGAAUUUUAAAAUAACCCUAAAUCUUUUUUUUUGAGUGGUAGUUAUGUUUGAUAUCCAUGGCUCUUCUCCCACAAUAGGGGAAUUUUUUUUUUUUAUUACUAAUUUGAUAGUUAAGAUUCAAAUAAUUUCUUUUUAGGUAUUUUUUCUAAGGUAGUAACUUAUUAAAAUAAAGAUUUGUUUUCUAUUUUUUUCCAAUCUGAAAUAAACCCUGAAAUAUCUUAAAUGUAAGGUUUUUCAAAAAUCUAUUUUUGAUAAAUAAGACUUUAGUGUGACAAAGUCAAACAGAGUAAAACUGAAAGACAUUUUGAAGAUUGGAAUAUUUUUGUUUCCACUUGCAUCAUUACCAUUAUGCCAAGUACCAGAGCUUUGGUUUGACUUAAUAUAGGAAGCAUAAAAGAGAAUAACCAAUUUGUGUUUUUGUUUUAAAAACACUGUUUGUGUAACAUACAAAACCUAUAAAAAUGGAUACUGUAAAAAUAGUGCCUUAAUAAUACUUCAUGCUAACCAGCUGAUUAUAGACUGCUUAGUUAAGCAGGGAGAAAAAAUAGAUUUCCUUUUUAGUUGUGCUUUUUAAAUGAUUACGUGCAUAUACACAUAUAAAAGCACUUGCAAGGAUUUAGAUGUAACUUUUCUUAUUUACGGCUAUUUUUGAAAGAACUUGGUUUCAUGAAGUAUUCUUUUUUCAUGCAAACUGUGGCUGCACAUGUGGUAUGUGAACUUCAGGGUGGCAUUAUAGCUUCCUGCUCAGUUUUCAAAAUAAUGUCUUAGUACAUUUUUGUAGUUAGUUUCUGCUUACUAUUAAGUACAAUUUUGUUGAUAAAAUUUUAUCUGUAAAUAUCACUUUUGCCUUCUCUUCUUUGAAUUUCUGGGCUAAGUAAUUAAUAUUAUCAACUACAAUCUAUGUGACUAUUGUUGAAAAUUUUCAAAAUAUAGUAUAUAUAGUAUUAUGAUGAAAAAUAAGUAAAUUUUGUCCUGUAUGCCUUUAUAUUUUAUUCCUUUGGGGGAUGAUGUUCUUACACUGUUGUUUUGUGGGAUUAUAACUCUUAGAGGUUUACUUUAAUUGAUAUCAUAGGUUUACAGUCAAGUACAGAAUGCCAUCAACAACAGAGGUUGAAGGAAUUUUUUGCCAAAUUGAGAAAUUAUAUUUGAUAAAUACUUUCUUUUCAUGACCAAAUUAUCAGGUAAAACCCCAAUAAUUCAUAAGUAUUAGUUCUGGAAGAAGAACAAAAAUACAUUGUCAUUACAACUGCUUACCCUCUUAUCUGAGAGCAUCAACUAGGCUUCAUGAAUUUCUUUACAAUUCAGAAAACUUUAAAGAUACAGUGUUCUCUUCUCCAGUGCAUUUUUGGGCUCUUUACAGGAUUUUUCUCCAUACCCAGAGGCACAUUUCUGUUUUACACACACUAAAAUCUUUUCCUUUACAGCUCUCUGGAGCCUGAGGGACUCCUAGAGAUGUUUCCCCUUCAUUUUUGAUAAACACUGUGUAUUUAGCCUGUUGUACUCACAUGUUCAGGUCUUGGGUGGUGCAAAUGGUUUGCGCCAGACUACUAACCUAAAGGUUGGCGGUUCUAACCCACCCAGCGGUGCAGCAGAAGAAAGACCUGGCAGUCUGCUUCUGUAAAGAUUACUGUA